GUUUUCAAAGAAUUUGUGGGUCUUCUCAAUCUUCAUAUUAAUGCUCAUUUGGCAUUACAUGCGCAGACAUAUGGAAACCUCAUCAAUAUUGGAGUUGGCACAAAAGAAAUGAAUAUUGAAUUAGACUUGUUAAAAUGUUAUACGACCUUAUUUGCUAUAAGGCAUCUAAUUAAUGGUGGAAUUGAUAUUAGGUCUUCAAGUCCAAGUCAAGGUUUUAUUGAAAUCUCUCAAAAUCUUGAAAAACUAUUUACAGAUUGGUUUAUUGCUAAUAACUCACCAGUUUUUCAAGAAAAUGAAGAACUUAAUAAUGAUGAAGGCAAGUUUUUAACUAUAAGGCUAUAA